CCCGGCGCCCAGCCCGACGCCCAGCCCGACGCCCAGCCCGACGCUCAGCCCGAAUCCCAGCCCGACGCCCAGCCGUGCGCCCAGCCCGACGCCCAGUUUGACCGCCGGGCAUCGGAGGAGCACGCGGGGGCGUAGCGGCUACGGGCGAUCCCCAUUUGCAUAAUGGUUUUGGUCAGGGGCCCGGUUCGGUAAAGCCCGGCAGGCAUGCUCUGAUAAACGCCCUCGCGGAGACCGUGCGAGCGCAUUGCUUCGGGCAGAGGCUGAGGCACGUCACUCGGGCGAAAAAUGUGCACGCAUGUGUUUCCAAGAGCUGAAUAUCACAGAUGCGUGGGUGGAGGCGAAGGAGGCGCCCACCAAGCGAGCGCCAGCAUGUCGCGCGAGGUCCAGGACGUCGUGGAGUCCCGCCAGCUCGUGGAGCUGCUCGGGUUUCUCGACGCCGACGGGACGGGCGCCCCUGACCUGUGCGAGAACCUCGACGGGGUAGCCUAUCUGGCGCUCGAGUCCAUUCCCACCGGGGCGAUUCAGACGUUCUACCCUGUGCGCUCGCAGAGAGCGACCCUGGAUCCGGUCGCCGCCAGUUUGGCAUGGUAAUUUUGCGCCAUUUUUCUCGCCAUUGAUCGGCCGUGUGAUCGGCUGCACUGCCGCGCGGUGUGUUGCCUGGGAGGCGCGUUGGUCUCGAGGAGCAUGCGGCGCUUCGCCCAGCCCCAGAGCCGCCGCCUGCGACCGCAAACGUGCAAGCGGCAUGCAGCAGCUGGGGCAUGGCCGAUCUGGGAGGGGGG